UCUAUACGUGACAUGGACAAGUUUUAUAGACACCCAGCAUCGAAACGAUUGUACAUGCCCUGAGUGGGUCUCCCGAUCAAAACCAUACGACCCGGUCGUAUAGGAAUUUUUUCCCUAGCGGAUCAACCGCAAGCUGAGCCUCCACUUGGUGCCCACGAUCGUUUUUUUUACCACGCAUUGCUUCCUACUAUCACGUUCCGUUCAUUGCGUUUUCCCCACGUCUAAUCUCCACCGCCUAAUUUGAUCCAUUCAUUGCGUUUUCCCCACGUCACGUCACCACGAACGUCACCCAGCUGCUGAUAUAGCCUCGACAUCGGCCGUGUAGGCGCACCAUGAACGUCACACACUCGCACUCACUAAGUAGCUAGAUUCGGAUCGAGCCGCCAUUGAUGGCGAUCUGGGAGGAGCUGCACUUCGUGCUGGUGCCGCUGGUGGCGCAGGGCCACAUCAUCCCCAUGGUGGACGUGGCGCGCCUCGUCGCCGCGCGCGGCCCGCGGGUCACCGUGGUCACCACGCCCGUCAACGCCGCGCGCAACAGGGCCACCGUCGACGGCGCCAGGAGGGCCGGUCUCUCCGUCGAGUUCGUCGACCUCCCCUUCCCCUGCGCGCAGCUCGGCCUGCCGGAGGGGGUGGAGGCCAUCGACCAGAUGGCGGGGCUCGAGCCGCCCAUGUACCUCAGGUUCUUCCAGGCCAUAUGGAAGAUCGCCGAGCCGCUGGAGGAGUACCUCCGGGCGCUGCCGCGCCGGCCGGUCUGCCUCGUCACCGACGCGUGCAACCCGUGGACGGCGCCGGUGUGCGAACGUCUCGGCAUCCCCAGGCUGGUGAUGCACUGCCCCUCCGCCUACUUCCAGCUCGCCGUGCACCGCCUGUCCAGCCACGGCGUGUACGACCGCGUCGGGGAAGACGUGAUGGCGCCGUUCGAGGUGCCGGACUUCCCGGUGCGGGCCGCCGGCAACAUGGCCACGCUCCGGGGCUUCUUCCAGUACCCCGGCGUGGAGAAGGAGCACCGUGAAGCGCUCGAUGCCGAGGCCACCGCCGACGGCCUGCUGUUCAACACGUUCCGCGGCAUCGAGGGCGCCUUCGUGGACGCGUACGCGGCGGCCCUCGGCAAGAGGACGUGGACCGUCGGGCCGACCUGCGCCUCCAGCAGCAUGGCCGACGACGCCGACGCCAAGGCCGGCCGCGGCAACCGCGCCGACGUCGACGCCGGGCACAUCGUCACGUGGCUCGACGCCCGGCCGCCCGCGUCCGUGCUGUACGUCAGCUUCGGCAGCAUCUCGCAGCUGACGGCUAAGCAGCUCGCCGGGCUGGCGCGCGGCCUCGAGGCGUCCGGGCGGGCGUUCGUGUGGGCCAUCAAGGAGGCCAAGGCGGACGCCGCGGUUCGGGCGCUGCUGGACGAGGAGGGGUUCGAGGCGCGCGUCAAGGACAGGGGCCUCCUCGUCCGCGGGUGGGCGCCGCAGGUGACCAUCCUCUCGCACCCGGCGGUGAGCGGCUUCCUCACGCACUGCGGCUGGAACGCGACGCUGGAGGCCGUCUCCUACGGCGUGCCGGCUCUGACGUGGCCCACCAUCGCCGACCAGUUCUGCAGCGAGCAGCUGCUCGUGGACGUGCUCGGCGUGGGCGUCAGGUCCGGCGUCAAGAUCCCCACCAUGUACCUCCCGAAAGAGGCCGAGGGGGUUCAGGUGACGAGCGGCGACGUGGAGAAGGCGAUCGCGGAGUUGAUGGGCGGCGGGGCGGAGGGGGAGGCGAGGAGGGUCAGGGCCAACGAGGUCGCCGCGGAGGCGAGGGCGGCCAUGGAGGAAGGCGGGUCGUCGCACUCCGACCUGAUGGACAUGAUCCGCUAUGUCACGAAGCUGUCGAAGCAGAGAAGCCAAGGGAGGGACGCGAGCUCGACGGCCCCGCCUUCCGAGCUCGGUGAGAAGAACGAACAGGAUGCUGUGCUGUCGGUGCAAAUGGCGCAAGAUAGCAUUUAGGAUCUUCCGUUUCCCGGAAUAAGUCAACGUUGGACCAUGUUGUAUGCGCAAUACAAAACUCCCGGAAUAAAUCAACGUUGUCUGUA